GAAAAUGACGACGGUUGUGUGUACGGAACCCCUGGCUACAUGGACCCCUCAGCAUUUACUUCAAAAAUAACUGUGAAAGCCCUAUACGACUAUCGGGCUUCUCGCGAGGACGAACUGUCGUUCUGCAAACACGCCAUCAUUUCCAACGUCUGCAAACCGGAUGCGGGCUGGUGGCGAGGAGACUACGGCGGAAGGAAACAGUUGUGGUUUCCCAGUAACUACGUUGAAGAAAUUACUUGUAGCAGUGUCGUUGGACAGGGGGGCCAAGGUGGUCCAGGAGGACAUGGGAGUGAGGAUGAGAGCGAGACAUCAGAUCAACUCCUGCUAGGGUCCCUCCAGAAAGGUUCUCUGGACCUUACGGGUGCUGUGGUGGAACUUUCAGCCUUGACGAUACCUGUGCCAGUGGGCGGACCUCAAAAUAUUGGUCAGGGCCAACGUGUAGAAUGGUUGUUGAGGGUGCAGACACCUGAGCAGUGUUCUGCUUUUGAAGCUGGAGUCGGGAGCAGGGACCAGGCCUUGGAGUGGACGAACGCUUUGAAAGAAUCAGCCCAAACAGCAAGUGCUAAAGAGUCGAAGCAUAAAGAAAUGGAACGCGCUUGGAGAGUUGCUAAAGAAAUGAGCAAUUUAAUUAUAUAUUGCAGAUCAGUAGCAUUUAACUUGGAUAGAAUAAAAACCAAAGGUUUCACAUUCUACGAGAUGUCUUCAUUUCCUGAAAAUAAAGCAGAGAAAAUUAUUUGUCAACAGGAGAACAAAUUCUUCUUGAAGUAUCAUCAAAUACAAUUCAGCCGGGUCUACCCAAAAGGUCAACGAAUAGAUUCAUCAAACUACAACCCGGUAUCUUUAUGGAACAGUGGUUCUCAAAUGGUGGCUUUGAAUUACCAAACACCUGACAAGCCUAUGCAAUUGAAUUGGGCUAAAUUUAGAGACAACGGAUCCUGUGGAUACUUGCUCAAACCUGAUUUCUUCUUCAGGGAUGAUUUUAAUCCUUAUGAUAAGAAUUCACUGGUAGGUGUUGAGCCAAUGUGUAUUACGUUAAGAGUUAUUGGAGCCAGGCAUUUGGGAAAAUGUGGAAAGGGUGGUCGAGGUACUGCAAGUCCUUAUGUAGAAGUGGAAGUGGUCGGAGCUGAUUUUGAUUCUGGGGUUAAAUUGACAUCAAAACCUAUAGCUGAUAAUGGUUUCAAUCCACUCUGGAACGAGGUUUGCGAGUUUGAAGUAGCAAAUCCCUAUUUGGCUCUGCUGAGGUUUGUGGUUCAAGAAGAAGAUGUCUUCGGAGACCCCAAUUUCAUCGGACAGGCCACGUAUCCUGUGACAUGUCUUCGAACCGGUUACAGAAGUGUUCAGUUGAAAAAUGGAUACAGCGAAGACUUGGAAUUAGCUUGUUUGCUGAUACAUAUUUCUAUAAGGAAUCCUAGGGAAAGUUGCAACAAUGGUUUGAAUUCUUCAUUGAGGAGUUCGGCUAAAAAAAUCAGUGAUGUGGCUACGAGAUUAUUAUUUUCUUGGGUAGGUGGUGAAUUCUUAACAAGUACUACACGAACAAAACCUCGUGGAACAAGUGGAGACGCUUCAGCAAGAUUAUUGGAGCAGAGACCAUUGAUAAAAAUGAUAUAUCCCUCAUUAGCAAAUGUUCGAGCAAGUCACGAUGGUCUGAUGGGUGGUGGUUGUCUUCCUUACAAUGUUAAAACACAUUCAAAACAGAAUUGGCUUGUGUCAAUAUUACAGUAA